GUCUGGACCAAUCAGAGGGAGCUGGGUAACGGUUGAAGUUUGAAUCUCCCCCGGAAAACAGCGGUCGAUGACAGGCGUUUGUGUCGUUCGUAAACACGGAUUGAAGAUCGUUUUCCCACCAACAGGUCGCAGUUUUUCUGGAUUUUAUUCAACCGAAGCAACAAUGUCCAAAAAUCAGAUUUUCUACUCCGACAAGUACAACGACGAGGAGUUCGAGUACAGGCACGUUGUUCUCCCGAAGCAGCUGUCCAAGCUGGUGCCCUCAUCCCACCUGAUGUCGGAGGACGAGUGGAGGGGGAUCGGGGUCCAACAGAGCAAAGGCUGGAUCCACUACAUGAUCCACAAACCAGAGCCUCACAUCCUGCUCUUCAGAAGACCUCUUCCAAAGGAAUAGACGAAGCCUCUAGAGAAGCUCUUUGGUGCUGCUGAGGGACGCGACCUUCUCGUCCACGGACGUUUCUGAUGUGAAGACAAGCUGAUUAGUUCCGUCAGAUUCUCUUCAGUUUCAAGGAAACCUGAUUCUAAAACGAACGGCGACUUUCUGAACGAUGUGAAGCUGCAGUUCAGUUUAAAACACUUUUGAAAUGUGAGGAUUCGAUUCCCACAUCCCCCGUCAGUUAAGAAAAGCUUUAUUUUGAAAAGGCCCGCUGGGUAUUUUUCAGAAUAAAGUUCACGUCUGUCUGCUUUGUUCUUUCUGUGUUUGUUUAUGGAGUGAGUUGUAGUUUGUUACUCGAGCAGGAAAAUAAAUAUUAUUUAUUAGA